ACGCCGCCAUUUUGACAUUUGUUUAGCUUUGUGUUUUACUGUAAUAAUUAACAUCGAGUUACGCAAAUUGAUUCGUUUACGUUUGCGUUUCCGUCAUUAAAUUAUUUCUCCGGUUAGAUAAGUGAAUAAAUUCAUACGCAUCAGUGAUCUUAAUUUCCCUUUCCCAGCGCAUAAAUCAAUACUUUGCCAGUGCCGCUUUUUUUAUUUUUUUGCAAUAGUUUUAAUUCGAAAAUCAAGUGUUUCUACUCUCUUUCUAUUUUAUAAGUGUAAUUUUUUAGUUAAAUUCACUUGUUUUAUAACAGUGUACAGUGAAAAAACAUAUAAACUUAUUUGUGUUAAGUAUAAGAAAAAGGCGCCAACCCAGUCGCCGAAUUUUGGCACGUAAUAAAUUACGACAAGCUAUAAGCGCAAUGUAUAAAUAUUUACGUUUAUAUGGCUUUAAUGUAUUAAUUAAGACUUUCUAACGCUGCAGCAAUUAUAAAAUCUCAUUAGAAUUGCAAUGCGGUUAAGAAGUAAAAAGCGGGAGCGACGGCUCUCAAAGAGAAUAUCACAGAAAGUGUCGAAAAUCAAUGAGAAACCCCAGAUUUUGGUAAAAAAAACCAAUUGGAAGAAAAUUUUAAAGGAUGAUAUUUUAUCAUCUGAACUACACUAUACAAGAUCGCGUAAAACAUUAGGGCUACGUAAGUCAAACGUCAAAAUGGAGAACGUUAAAAAGGAUGAAAUCAAAAAGCCAAUUUUCCAAACUGUUGUUCGGAACGCAGUGAAAGAAACAGUUACAUCGUCCACAUCUGUCAAAGUUAAGGAAAAACCUGCAAAACCAAAAUUGAAAGAUGUAAGGAUGACUAGAAGUGUUCAGCUAAGGCAGAGUUCACUAAACCGCGAGCGCAAGGCAGAAUGUAUAUCCUCAGCCUUAAGCUCACCCCGUAAAACAAGACGUAUGGACAAAACUGAAAAGUCUGCUUCAUUAAACAGCUCACCUAUCCGCAAAGUUAGACAAAUGGGGACACCAGCUCCUCGUUUAAACAAAAUAGUAAUUUCAUCCACAAAUGAAAGCCCCAAGAAGAAGGUGAAACCAGACCCAGAACCAAGUUUGGAGGACAAUGAUAUUACAAUGUAUGAACCUCACACAACAACUUCUGAUUUAAAAACAGACGAGUCAGAUUCUGAAACACAGGUUGAGUCAUCGGAACUCUGCCUUCCCAGUGAUUGCUUAAACGAUUUUAUGUCUAUAGAGUGUGUAUUGAAUGAGGAGAUCUCCACGGAUCAUGAUAUUAAUUUAUUGGCCGAUAGAGCAGCUAGAAUUAUGACCACAGAUAAAAUUGAGAAACGGCAGAAGUCAAAUGACCUUGAAAUGUAUCAGCCGACAUCGACAACCGACGAUUUAGAUGUAUGCACAGAUUUUCUGAGUGCUGAUGUAAAAUAUAUUCAGCCGGACUUCGUGACGAUGCUGGAGCAGGGGACCUACGUCCGAGACUCGGAGUGUGAGAUUUCGUCAACCUGUGAACAGGGUGCAAUAGAGAGUCUCGAGGCUCUAUCAGCUAGGAACCCUAACACUCACUUUUUGGCUGAAAUAAGCCAAAGUUUGGUCACCGACGCCAAUGGAUGGAGCGCAGACAUUGCCUCUGAUGAGAACUCCUUGACGUGUCAUGAUGAAGUACCACCAGACAUAGAGGAUGAGGGAGAUGUUAUAUCAUCAUGCAGUACAAGAGUGGAUUGCGAGCAUAAUAUGUCAUCAUGGGCUGAGGCGUUCGACCCGUAUUUGUUUAUCAAGCAGCUGCCUCCCUUAGAAACUGUAGCAACAGGGGCCCUUCGAGCCAGGUAUCCAGCUCUACCCCUCAAAACCAGAACCAGUCCAGAUUUUAGCUUGGUUCUGGACUUGGAUGAGACGUUGGUGCAUUGUUCACUGCAAGAGCUGCCUGAUGCGAGCUUCCAUUUCCCAGUUCUGUUUCAAGAUUGUCGGUACACGGUUUUCGUGAGAACGAGACCGCAUUUCGCCCAAUUUCUGUCUCGCGUUUCGAGGUUGUAUGAAGUGAUACUUUUCACUGCCAGUAAAAGGGUGUAUGCAGAUAGAUUGCUGAAUUUGUUGGACCCUCAACGACGCUGGAUUAAAUAUAGACUGUUCCGCGAACAUUGUCUUCUCGUGAAUGGGAAUUACGUGAAGGAUCUAUCGAUCUUAGGAAGAGAUCUGCGCAAGACUGUCAUCGUUGAUAAUAGUCCACAGGCCUUCGGGUACCAAUUGGAGAAUGGUAUCCCCAUAGACAGCUGGUUCGUGGACAAGAGCGACAAUGAAUUACUCAAGCUGAUACCAUUUUUGGAAAAUCUUGCUACUAAAGAUGACGUCCGACCAUAUAUACGCGAUAAAUAUAAGCUGUUCAGUUAUCUACCACCAGACUAAGUUUACAUACAUAUAUAGAGUUAACAAAGACACUCUUGCAUUUAUAUUUUUUUUAUCAUACCUAAACAUACGUAUAUACAUAUAUAGUACGAUUAAGGUAGUUUAAAGAUUACAUUUUGUAUAAUUAAAAACAAUUUUAAAUAUUCUAUGGAGACCCUACUAUAUUCAUAUGAUUUGCUAUGAGACCCCAUGUAGUUCGCUUUUCCGGAGUAAAACCUGGUGUAUAGGACUUUCCAUGUCUCACUUGCGAUAAAUACCAUAGACAACGAU